AUGUAAGGACCAUAAUCAAACGACAAUUACAUUUCUCUGGAUACCGCUGCUUCAUAAUCAGUAGGAACAGAACAGGCAUAAAUAAGCGAAAGUAGAACAAACCAAGGAAAUACCAAUAACCGAAAGCAUCCACUGAGAAAUGCAAAUUUUGACAAUACGUAGACAAGGGCUGACUUCAUCCUAAAGGUUUACAUCUUCCUUACGAUGGAACUAGCGUUUACUUUUCUCUUGGUGAUCUUAGGACUAUAUACAAAUAUGCAGCAAUGGUUAGUGACGACUGGACAGGAGGAGAGCUGCUACUGUGCAUUUGGCAGUUUCUCAUAAUGUGGUUGCACAUAUAUCAGUCAUUACGAUUCGACAUGGCUGUUUUGGGUUUCCAUAGUUUUUUCUCUAAUACUUCACCUCAUUCUCUUUUGCGGAAAUCAAAGGGUUAGAUAGAAACCUUGGAACUUCAUAAUCUUAGGACUUUACAUUCUAUUCUUUGGAUUUUUGGUAACAAAUCUGUGCAUCAUUAUCGCCUAUGAGUUUGGAGUAGGGAUAGUGUGGUAGGCCAUAGGAAUCACCUUUGGCUUCGUUUUGGCUUUGACUGCGUAUUCAUUCAAGACGAAAACCAGUUUUACAUUUGGAAUUGGCUCAAUUUUUCUGUUAACUCCGACAUUGGUAUUAAUGCUAAUUUUGAUGGGAGUGUAUUCACAGUUUGCUCUUUCAAUAUUUUUAUGCACUCUGCUUGUAGUUGGCUAAGGGUUCUUUUUGAUUUGGGAAACAAAAGCGAUUAUUGGCGAUGGGAAACUAAAAUUGUCGAUUGAUGAUUAUGUCAUAGGGUCAUUGUUAUUGUAUGGAUCAAUAAUCCAAUUGCUGUGGAGGAUAAUGAUGUUGAUCAUUGCAAUCAAAGAACGAAAGUGA